AUGAUAAAUGAAAUAGGACCUGGAGAAGUACAACAUCUGUAUCAGGAAGAUAAUAACACUUUUGUUGACGAUGCUACUAUUUCUUUUAAACAGACCACAAUAAAUCAAACAUCUAGUACAGAAAACGGAGAAUAUGUUAGUGUAGACACUAAAUUAAAUUACAUUAUAAAUAAUAUGCCCGUAAUUCCAAAUUUAGCGAAUGCUACCACAAAUACUAAUGUUUUGCAUGAUAUAAAAGAAGAAGAAGAGGAGGAGGAGGAAGAUCCGAGUCUAACCGGUGAGUCUACAGGAGAAAUACCUGGCCAGGAAGAAACUAAGCCAACAAAAAAAUUGGAAGGAGAAAGAGAUGAAGAAAAUAACGAAAUUCAUCACAAUUAUUUUGGUAGUCCGGACCUUAUAAAUAAAUCACUGGGCGAUGAUGAUAACACGAAUACUACAAUUAUAGAUGAUACAGUUAUUCAUAAUGAUUUUUAUGGUGCUAGUAACAAUGAAAACAUUAUACAAGAAAUUGAAAUCCAAGAACGCUUAGUGACAAAUUCUCCCCCUUCAAAUACAGCAUAUACCAAUAAUAAUAAUAAUAAUAAUAAUAAUAAUAAUGAUGACAUUGAACACUCAUCAAUAAACAACAAAAAAUACAAUUCAGAAGAAGUCUUGAAACAGCCACGGGAUAUUAGUAGUGAUAACAAUAAUGGUUCUAUUAUUAGUAACCCCCAGCAAAUAAAUAUUGGAAGCGCUAAUGAAAUAACAAAGCAGAAACCUGCUGUGGAUAAUGAAAUUAAGUUAAAUGAAUCUUCUCAAACAGUUCCCGAUCUGAAUACUUUUGCUAACGACAUUCUGUUGCCUCCUUUGCCCAGUUCAAAUAAUGAUGUCUCUCAAUUGAAAAGUGAUUAUAUUACUGCUUCUGUUUUGCCAUCCAAUAAUAAUAAUAAUAAUAAUAAUAAUAAUAAUAAUAAUAAUAGUAAUAACGCUGAAAUAACAUCCGUAAAUAAUACAAGCGCGUAUAUUAAACAAAAAAGACAAGAUGAUCUCACUGAAUGCGAUAACACCACAAAUAACAGUGCAGCAACUGUAUUAUCAAAUAUCCCUGUCACUGCUACCGCUACAAGCACCCCAAAUGACGCAUAUUUCCCGCUAUAUAAUAAUAUUGGUUACCCAUCAGCAAUUGCUUCAUCUUCUGUUAAAAGUACUGGUAGCAUAACCAAUAGUAAUUUACCUGCUACUCUUAAAAGUCAUAUGUUGUUUCCCAUCUCAGUUACUUCAUCUCCUGUUCCUAUCACAGAUACAACAAAUACUUCACCAGUGAUCAAUGUAGAUUGUAGCAACAAUACAACCAAUACCAAACAGAAUUAUAGCAGAAGAAGCUCGAUUACCAGCUCGGUUUCCAAGAAAAGUAACACUACAUCAAAUUCAACUAAUCAUUGCAGUAAGGGCCUAGCUGGCGGGGCUAAUGCAAAUGUCAAUUCAGGCUUGUUCCAAUUGCCCCCUAUGAUCCACCCAGAUGCAGCUAAUAACUACGUUGUAAGUAAUAGCACAUUUAACAGCGGCAACAUCAGUAACAAUACUAGUAAUUAUUAUUACGCUGGAAAUCGAAGCAGAAGUAAUACAAAUGCCACUUCUAUAACUACUAGUACUGUUAGUACUCCUGUAAAUGAGAUUAAUCCUAGUACUUUGGACUUAGAUUUGAUCAAUGACAAUGAAGAAAGUACUGACGAGCAACAAGGUAAUUCGAGCGACAAUACUAAUAGCCAAGAUUUGGAUUUAUCCAGUGCUUUAAAGAUGUCAUCUAUUUUUCAAUCGACCAGUUCGAAUUUGAAUGUAGAACUGGUACACACAGAUUGCACCACUCUUCCUGUAUACAAUAAUCCAACUAAUGCACAUGUCGCCCCGAAUUUUGGCUCUAACAGCCCUUCUACCACCUCUUUACUUUCUCCUAAAAUAACACUGAAGAGAAAUUUUUCCAAUCCAUUGAUUACUUCAUCAGCAAAUGGCCCAAUGCCGACAUUAGGUUCUUCACAUUCAUUCGCCAAUAACGGUACCAAUACAAAUACACAUAUCAAUAUGGAUAGUAAUAGUAAAAGUUCUACUAUUAAGAACACCAUUACUGGAACUUUAUCCGAGAUUACCAAGUUGAGAUCAAGAAGUAAUAGUUCGCGAUCAAUGUGCAGUAAUGGAACUGGCGAUCAUCAUAGUAUUGGACGUAAUCGAACACCUACCACUUCUUCAUCUAUUAAACAUAAGAGAAUCUCUAUACAUUUCCCCAAGAAUUGUAUGGAUGGUAAUCCCACGGCUUUAUCUCGUAAUAGAUCAAUUAAUGCUGCUGCUGCUGCUGCUAACACCCCCACUUCUAGUAAUAAUAAUAAUAAUAAUAAUAAUAAUAAUAAUGGUGCUAGUAAUGAUGGACAUGCUAUUGUUUGUGAAGAUGGAGUAACAACCUCCCAGGAAAUUUUCUAUUCACCUACAAAUUCCCUUUAUGAUAAUGAUGAAGAAUCUGAUGCAGCAAAUCUUGAUUGUAGUGCCAAUGAUAACAUCAAAAAUAAUGACCAGAAGCAGAAAAAUAAAUCUACAUCAGUGUUAAGACCGCGAUUGAUUAAAAGAGCAAGUAGUGCACUAUUAAAAAAAGCUUCGUUGGGUAAAUUUAAGGAUACCACGUCCAACGAAGUUUCCCCAGUUUUAACACAAUCACCCCAUUUUAGUACACCUACUACGAAUACAACACCUAAUAAGAUUAAUAGUGUAGAAGGGUUGACUUCUUCUUUUUCGAACAUGAGUAACACUAUUUCCAAUACUUCAAGUCAUAAUCAUAGUGAUGAUUGCGAAGAAGGUACUACUACUUAUUCCGAUAAUUACGGUACCACUUUUGGCGACAAUAUUGGUUCGCCAUUUAAAAAUAUGGUAUUCACAAGUGCCGAAAAUGAUUAUAAUAUUUAUCAUUAUCCACUACCUCCUUCAAACAACAUAGAAAAUAAUCAGCAUGCUUUGAAAAUCGCUGCACCAACUUCACUAACAACUAGACAAAGGUCGUUGAGCAAAAAGUUCAAAAAUGGGUUUAGUAAAAUUAUUGGUGGUCACUAUAAUAGUAACGGCAACUGUAAAGAAGAUGAUAGCAAUAUACAAAAACAGUCAGUAGCAAGAAAUAUUUCGCCUACUACUCCGCCAGCCUUUCCCUAUUUCCCUGAGAAAAAAAAUGUGAGGGAAGCAUCUGGUGAUGACGGUGGCUACGGCUCUAUACCCACUUCAUUACCUAAGUCAAGAGCUAAUAGCUUUGGUAAUGGGAGAAUUAUUUUUUCUGGGACUGUGACCAAUAAAUAUCAACCACCGCCAUCACAGAAGGAUUACUUUAGUUCACCAAGAAGAUCAUUGUCCUUAAAAAGUUUAUCUUCCUCAACUACAUCUUUAGCUUCUACCUUACACAGAAAAAGAUCCAAAAAAAAGCCUAGUAUCAAAAGAUCAUUGUCUAGCAGCAUUGUUCCAAGUGGCAGUAAUAACAGUGAGUACACCAGUAGUAAAAAUAGUGGACUAUUGAAAUCUGUGUCUAGAAGUACCAGUUUCAGAUCUGCUGCUAGCAACGUUAAAUUGCAGCAUGCUGAUAGUUUCGUAUCUGCGCAAAUUUCACCUCUUCAACCAAUAAUAAAUAAUGGUGGUUACAAUAAUGAUAAUCUUGAAUCUGUACAUGCUGUUGGUAUUAAUACUCCUGUUAUUACUGAGGCCGUUGAUAAGUCGAUGGUAAAUUCAGAAAAAAAUGGCAUUGAAAAUCGAAAGAAUAUGAGCAAUAUCUAUACACGCAACCAGAAUUUUAGUGUUAAUGGUGGUAUUACUAGUGAGAAGACUAAUCGUGGUAGCAUUAACAACAAUAAUGAUAAUAAUAAUAAUAAUAAUAAUGUAGGAGAUACGGAAUUAUUGUUACGUAAAGACUCGAAAAAUUUGUCUGGAUGGAGUAAAGAUGUUAGUAAAGAAGGUGAUGGUGGUGAUAUUGAGAUUGAAGUUGAUUUAAACGCAUUAACAAAAAAUGCUCCAAUAAUUACAAUCACUGGUAAUAACCAUUCUAAAAGUUUUAAGAAGAAUUGUGCCGUUUGUCAGCGUAACGGUAGUUACGCGUGCCAUCAUACUCAUGAUGGCUAUAAUAUCGUGAAUGGGAAAAAAUCGCAGGAUUAUAGAUUAAUGCAUGACACAGCUCAUGCCGAUAACACUGGUAAUCGGAAGGUAUUGGCAACAAAAGGUAAAAGUAUGGCUGUAGACGAACAUAUCUUUUCAAAGAAUGGUUGUUAUGUAAGAAACGGUGAUAGCAUUGGUAGUAAUUAUGGUGGUUUAUAUCAUAAUUCCGAUGUUGGCAAUAAUUAUGAAAGCAAUAUAUAUUUUGAUAAAUUUUACCAAGAGUUUAAUAGAAAAAAUGGGAAUGUUUCUAACACCAGCAACAACAACAAAACUAAUAUAAACAAUACUAGAGAUACUCUUGGAAAGAAAAAAAAUGGGAAGGGGCUUAAGGGUGCUGAUGGGGACAAGAAUAGUAAGAGUUGUAAUAAAAUUACUAUAAGCUUAAAAGAAUACAUUGGGGUAUUGAUGAAUUUACAGCGUGCUGAAGAUGAAAAAUUUGAUACAUUGGAAAGAAACUUUAAAAAGAAUGGAUGGGUAUCUGAGAAGGAAUUAAAUGGACUAAAACAAAAAAGAGUUAUUGUGAACAAAAACUGGGCUGAUAGGAUAUCAUUUUAUCAAAACAAAAUUUGA